GAAAACGCAUCUCUGCAGGCUACUUGAGGCCUGAGAGAAGCACCACUUGCUGUGUCAGUCAGUCAGUCAGCCUCUCUCUCCCUCUCUAUGCUUGGCCGAUCGCCAGCUGCAUGCUUUAAGGGGGAAAGCACAUCCAUGGAGAGGGAGAGGGGGCGACGCUGAGGGCUUGAUGAAUGGUUCAUUGAUAGCCCAGAGAGAUUGUGUUUAUCCCUGUGUUCCUUCCCUGCAGUGUUCAGUCAAUGGACUUUAAACCCAACUCCAGAGUCUGAAGGGAUUAGAAGUUAGAUUUCCCAUUCGUAGGACUGACUGACUUGAAAUAGUCAGGAAAACAUGUUUGCAUUUCUUCUCCUUACUUCUCUGGUACUUCUGGGAAUAUAUUUAAUUUUGCGUCAUAGAUUUUUGAAAUUGCCAAAGUGCAAAUGUUCAACACAACUCCAUGGGAAGACUGUGAUUGUGACAGGAUCUAACGCGGGUAUUGGAAAGCACACAGCCCUAGACUUGGCCAGAAGGGGCGCUAGAGUUAUUCUUGCCUGUAGAGAUCAACAGAGAGCCGAAGCAGCUGUAAACGACAUCAGAAAGAGGAGUGGAAACAAUGAAGUGGUUUACAUGCACUUGGACCUAGCAAAGCUGCAGUCAGUGCAGUCCUUCGCGGAAAACUUUCUUAAAAGAGAGGCCAGACUUGAUAUUCUCAUCAAUAAUGCAGGGAUUGCAAUUGAUGGCAAGACAGAGGAUGGCUUUGGAAUGAUCUUUGGUGUCAAUCACCUUGGCCCCUUCCUGUUAACCCUUCUACUGUUGGAACGUCUGAAAGAGUGCGGUCCUAGCAGAAUUGUGAACGUGGCCUCCGGGGGUCAUCGGAUGGCGAGCAUCGAUUUUAACUGCCUCAGCGCUCACAGAGACCUGGCUGUGGGAUACACAGGCUUGGACGUGUUUGCCGUCUACUGCCAAAGCAAGCUUUGUAAUGUGCUUUUCACACACGAGUUGGCCAAAAGACUGACGGGCACAAAUGUAACCUGCUACAGCCUCCACCCAGGGGUGAUUAAGACGGAUAUUGCCCGUCACGGUGGUGCUGUGUGGAGGAUGCUCUGGUUGCUCAUGGGCGUAUUCUUCUUUGCUGACGUUGAGUCGGGGGCCCAGACCACCUUGCACUGCGCCCUGCAGGAGGGUAUCGAGCCACUGAGCGGCCGCUACUUCUCCCGCUGCGCGGUGGAGGAAGUGGGCGGUAAGGCCAAGGACGAUGCAACCGCCAAGAAACUGUGGGAACUCAGUGAGCGCUUCUGUGGCCUGUCGUGAAGAAAGCUGAAGUGACUGAAGGCACAGUGGUGUUGCUCUCAUAAAUGCCAUGCGUGUACAAUAAAAAAAUCAUUUUUCUUGGUA